AUUGACGUUCUUAGAUAAAAUAUUAUAUGAAAACAACGCCUCAAGUUUGGCAGCCAACACAUUUACACACUGAAACGCGGCAUAUUGUGACAUUAAUUUACAGGCAGAAGUUACAGGGCGAGUCGACAUAUUUCUAGUAGAGGUAACACUGCUGCUAUUCAAUGCAAUUUCAGCUUUCCUGGAAACAAUAUAGAUGUAGAAACAGUAACCACAAGAAGAAAAAAAAUUGUUCUUAUGUAUUAUUACGAAGGUUUAAACCCUUCGAAUUGAGAGAAAGUUAUUUGUAUUGAAAUUCGGCUUGCAAAUAGUAUGAAUGAGGCCUUGAUUCGACCAUUCUUAUUGCAAUACUUGUUUGGAUUUUUCUGUAUUGGAAAAGAGGAGGUGAUAUGGUUAAUUCUCUUUAAACCCUAAAAAUCCAAAUCAUUCCUUUUGUUUUCAAUACAUGAACAGAGGGAAGUAGUCUUUUUUCGUAAAGCGAAUAAGAACAAGGUUUCACAACUCAGCAAAGAUGCAAUACUCUAGAGGAGAACUGGGAAGAGUGUGGAAAAGAAAUUCGUACUAUUGUAUAGCUAAUAUGAUUCUUCUCCAGUUUCAAAAUCAUUGCUUUCUGUUAAAGCCCUCAAAAGAAAUUACCCAAGUUCAUCUCCUAAGCAGCAAAGCAAUGAUUGAAAAUGAGAAGACAGCAAACAAGUUAAGAUUUAAAGAUGGGACAAAUCUUCCAUCUUUGUCUGAUUCCAGUCUAAUCCAAGAGAUUUGUGCGAGCUUGAGGCAGGGAAAUGUGGAUUGUUUGGAUAUAGGUCAACGAUUGAACCCUCUAGUUGUGAUCAAUGUAUUGUACAUGUUUAGAAACAAUGCAGAUACGAGUUUUAAAUUUUUCAAUUGGGUGGAAAAACAACAGAGGUAUAGACACACAGGCCAAAUCUUAAGUGCCAUGAUCCAUAUAUUGAUUAAGGGUAGGAGGCUUGCAGAAGCUCAGUCUCUAUUGCUCCGCAUGGUGCGAAGAAGUGGAGGUUCGGCAUCUGGGGCUGCGGAUGAUCUUGUGAGUACAUAUGCAAACUGCAAUUCUAACCCUCUUGUGUUUGACCUUUUAAUUAGGACCUGUGUGCAGGCAAAGAGGAUGAAAGAUGCCACAGAGGCCUUUCAUAGGAUCAGGAGCUCUGGCUUUUCUCCAUCCAUAAUUGCCUGCAAUAGUCUACUUGGGGGUUUAGUCAAGGCCAGUUGGGUGGACAUGGCAUGGAGGAUUUAUACAGAAGUUCUUCAGAGCAAAAUUUCCAUAAAUGCUUAUACAUUCAACAUAAUGAUCAAUGCUUUGUGCAAAGAAGGGAAGCUUGAACGCGCAAAGAAGUUAUUAGAUGAAAUGGAACCAAGGAGGGUUUCUCCUGACAUCGUCACUUACAAUACUUUAAUUGAUGCUCAUUGCCGUAAUGGUCUCCUGGACGAAGCUUUCAAGUUCCUGCAUGCUAUGUCUGAUAAGGGUUUAGUUCCCGAUGUCUUCAGUUAUACUUCUCUCAUGAAUGGACAAUGCAGAGAAGGGAAGGUUGAGGAUGCAAGUAUGCUCAUGAAGCAAAUGCAAGCAAAAGGUUUGGUCCCUAAUAAUGCAACUUAUAAUGUCUUGAUAAAUGGGCACUGCAAGAAAGGCAAUACAAGAAAUGCUGCUAACCUUUACAAUGAAAUGGUAGGCAUUGGACUUGUUCCAGAUUUUAUUACUUAUAACUUGCUGAUCAAGGCACAUACAAAAGCAGGAUUGCUAAAUCAGGCCAGGAAGUAUUUCAGGGAAAUGCAGCGAAAUGGAUUGGUUCCAGAUACUGUGAUUUACACCGUGCUCAUUAGUGGGUACUGUAGGGAAGGUAUCAUGAAUGAGGCAUUCAAGUUACGCGAUGAAAUGGUUGAAAGGGGUUCAAUGCCAGAUGUCAUUACUUACAACGCAUUGAUGAGUGGUCUCUGUAAGGAAAGGAGAUUGUCAGAAGCAAAUGCUCUCUGCAAUGAAAUGAUAGAAAGAGGUCUAAUCCCAGACUAUGUGACUAUUACUACUAUCAUGGAUGGAUACUGUAAAGAAGGAGAAACAGAAACAGCUUUAGUAUUGUUUAAUGGAAUGCUAGAAAGGCAUAUUAAGGUUGAUGUUGUAAUAUACAACGUACUAAUCAAUGGCUUUUGCAAGGAAGGGAAUUUGGAUAAAGCAAAAGAAUUAUUAAAUGGUAUGACCGAAAGAAAGUUAGCUCCAAAUCACAUUACUUACAGCAUUUUCAUUGAUGAAUUAUGCAGGAAGGGAAAUUUUUCUGAAGCAUUCAGUCUACGAGAAGAAAUGUCGAAUAAGGGCAUCGCCCCUAAUGUUGUCACAUAUAAUUCAAUAAUAAAUGGCUUUUGCCAAGCAGGAGAUGUUAGGAAAGCAGAGGACCUUAUAAAUACAAUGAUUGUUAAUGGUUUUGUUCCCAAUACCAUAACUUUUAACACAUUAAUUUGUACACACUGCAAUGAAGAGAACAUGUCAGAAGCUUUUAGAAUGUUCCAUAAAAUGGAAGAAUCUGGUGUAAUGCCUGAUAUAAUUACAUACAAUGCACUUAUCAAUGGGCUUUGCAGACAAGGCAACAUGCAAGAAGCAAAUGCGGUCUUCGAAAAAAUGAAAAAGAAGGGAAUGGUACUUAGUAAGUCUACCUACACAACGCUGAUUGAUGGCUAUUUUAAAGAGGGAAAUGACAAAGAGGCCUUUAAGUUGCAUGAUGAAAUGUUGCAAAGGGGUUUGGUUCCAGACAAUAGUCAUUGAAUAUUGCUCAUUGGUGCACUCUCUAAUACAAAAUUGGAUAAACAGUUAUUUUUCAAUUUUGUUGCAUACAAGUUGCCGGAAAGUAUGGUUGGAAGUGCAAAUGGAUUCCAUUAUCAGAUAAUGGAAUAUUUUCCAUAUAUAAGAGCACUGUGCUUGAUGUCUUUUUAACUGUUAUUGCUACUUAAUAUCAUGCAUGAAUGGAAACAGAGCAUUUAAGAGACAGAUUAUGAAGUGGUGUGGAUGCAAAAGCUGGUUUAGCCAUCAUUACUUUAAAGGAAGUUUAAAGGGCAAACAUACGUGAGUAGAUAUUGGUUUCAAAAGGCUUUUAUAUGUUAUCAUUGAUAUGUUGCACUGUUACUUCCAUACAAUCGGAAUUGGGCACAUUCUGAAGGUCUUGUUACUAUCAGUCAGUGGCCACAUUUCAAAGAGAUUAUUAUGGACUACUGCUUUAAGUUUCUGACAAGGAAUUGGCCUUGUAUGGUGCACCGAAUAUACUCUAUUACAAAGGAAGGAUAGUCAUGAUCGGGGAAUUUUCUCAAUUAUCAUUGGACAUGGUAACUGAAGAUAUUCAUAUAUCCAGGCUCGAGUGAAUCCAGUGUUCAUAAGGAACAUUUAUAUCAGUAAUGCAAACAAUAAAGUUGCAAGUUCUAUGAUGAAUGGCUUAAAGGAACCAUGGCCUUGGCUUGGAGUUGAUAGCAUAUGGAAUAAAAAAGGAAUUAUAAAGAAACAAGGAGAGAACUAUGCAUGGAAAAAUAACACAAAAAAAUGUAAAAUAUAUGAAGCAGAUGAACACUACAACUGGGAAGGAUAUCCAAUAUUCUGAAAGGAAAGGCAGUACUCAACAUUCCUACCAAUGAAUGUUUAAAAACACAAACUCUGUUCUAUUAAAGAUAGGCUAGACUCAAAAAACAAUAGUGCUGUGCACCUGGUGGUUUGAAGGUCUGGUAGGUCCCACAUUGGGAAAAUGGCAAAAUCCAUCUGAACCAGGUUUAAAGAACACAGCAGAGAUUUGGAACUGGACAGUUCUGAAAAAUCAGUGCUGGCCGAACAUCCAUAUGAAACUAAACAUCAUAUAUGCAUGGAAAAAGCUGAAGUCCAGGCCAGAGAAGACCUCUACAUAAAUAGAUAUCCCAGGUUUGGUAUACUAUCUAUGAAGUGCAGUGGAGAUUGAACAACUGAACAAUAACCUCAAUAGAGAAUCGAGAUGGUGGCUGGUACUUAAUGACAACCGAAGUCGAGUGGAGAUAUCCUAGAGUAGAUAUUGGUUUCAAAAGGCUUUCAUAUGUUAUUAUUGAUAUGUUAAAGAGUCUUCCAUACAAUCAAAAUUGGGUGCAUUACGAAGGUCUUGUUACUAUCCGUCAGUAGUAACAUUUCAGAGAAAUUAAUGAGAUUAAUAUGUAUUGCUCUUCUCAGUUUUGGACAAGGAAUUGACGUUGUAUGGUGCAACAAAUAUACUGUAUUACAGAGGAAGGUUAGUCAUGUUCGGAGAAGUUUCUCAAUGAUUAUUGGAUGUGUUAACUGAAGAUAUUCAUAUAUCCAGGCUCGAGGUACCUAAGCUUUGUUCUGCAGUAUUUUAGACUUGUCUUUUCAUUUCAAAUUACUUUUUCUGUAUGCGCUCUAUCUCUUGACAAUAAAACAGACACAAUUUAAAGGUAAGUUGUUGGAUGUUAUUAGAGGGUUUUGUUAUGAGAAAUAAUAAUAUAUUUCAUUUCGUGCUUUGGCAACACUUUUAUU